GACCUGAAAUAUGACAAAAUAGCACAACCCGGCGUAAAAUAGGCCAAAAAUACACGACUAUGCCCUUCAAACGGAUAAGAACUAGGGGUGCAAAUACGUGCAAUUACAUCGUUAUCAGGUAUUUUUGGCUCAAGGCCGGGGAUUCAAGCAUUUGAAAACGCGCGCUGUUGAUGGACUUCUUUACGGAGCGGUUCCAGCAGAUGGGGCUCCAGUUCCAGCAGCUCGGACUUCAGGGCCAGCAGCUCAUGGACCAUCAUGUCCAGUUUUACCAGCAGUAUUCAGCCCACCAGGCCGAGUACCAGUCCAGGAUGACAGUUGUAGACGAGCGCCUCGACCGGAUGGAGGCCCAGAUGGGAGUCACUGGUGCUCUCAUCGAGCAGGAGCGGGAUCGUGGCCACAUGUUGAUGGAGUACUAGGAGCACGUGCUCUAGUCUUGUCACCCACCAGAUGGGAGUCAUUGGUGCAAACUGUUUUGUGUGUUGGUUUAUUUUCUUUCUUUUUAUUUUUAUUUUGGAUGAUGUACGAUUGGGCAGACCAUUGGACCUAACGUCUUGUGUUUGAGUUCCUCUAUUCUCUUUAGUUGUGCUUUGUUCCUGACUGGUCCUCUCUUUAGUCCACUUCACUCAGACUGGUCCCCUUACAGUCUCAUGCAGUCUGUGCACACUGGUAACAUUGUUCCCCUUAUCCUUCCCUCUUCUCCAUUGAGGGCAAUGUCGAUCUUAAGUGUGGGGGGGAUUCUUUGCCUCAGCCCGACCGUGCUUUGGCUAGGGUUAAUUACACGGCCAGCCUGUUGGGAGAAACACGGCCAUGCUUUUGGGUGGACACGGCCGUGCUUUGGUGGACACGGCCGUGUAAUUUCUCAGCCCUGCCCGUGUAAUCAGCUCGUGUUUGCCAAACUCGAAUUAGCUCUCGGCAGUAAAAGCACGGCCUAGGA